AUUAUGACAUUUACCUUUUUUCUCUUCCUCGCCCAGCUAUCAGAGACCAUGGCUGUAUCCAUGACGUUUGCACUGACGACGACGGUGGCACUCUUCUGCCUCGUGGCUCUGCUGGCACUCUCGGCGACUCGAGUGGACUGUCUUGAGCUGAUGGAGUAUGCUGACCUUCACAAAGACAUUGACCUCGGGUCUAACCUCGUCAGGAAAAACGGCGAAGAUGACGAGACCAGACGAACGCGCGAGCUGCGUCGCUUGAAUGACCUGGUGAGCAAGGACAAGUCGGACAAGUCGGAGGUCAAGUCGAGGAAGAAGAGGGCGACGCUCUAUUGGCCUGAAGACAGUCAGUUCGUCGCAGAAUUUUACUUCACGAUCCCCAUCUCCGCGCCGUCGGGAGUCUCCAUCCCAUUUACGAUCGACGUGCCCUACAAGUUCAACCUGCCCAACGUUACAUCCAACAUCCUAGGUCGCGGCAAAACCAACGGCAAGAACACGCAUUAUUUCAGCGAGCGUCUUGAUGUGUACGGCGUCGUGGAAGGAAUAUUUGAGAAAUUCGGCAUGAACGGAAAAGCGUGCAUGCUCCGCGCCGUAUGUGAGCGAGCGGAGAGCCAUCUCGUGGAAGCCGGGAUGCUGGGGGAGGUGAUCACGACGAUCCUCGCAGCCUCUUCCGCAUCUUCAUCUGAUGAAAUUUACGAAUACCAAACGGCAGAAUAUUAUGGCAAGACGCACGGGGAUUGUUGGAAUCUCUAUCCAGGCUGCCCGAUGUCGCUCUUCAACUGGAUAGAAUAAGUUUCCGUCAAAACUGAGAGUUGCAUUGCCGUUGCAAGAGAUGGAGGUAUAUUUUAUCGAUGUACCGUGAUUUUUUUUCUCGCUCUCUCGUGUAUUGGUGUUUUUAUUUAUUUAUUUAUUUAAUCAAGAUCUGUUUUUUUUCCUAAAUAACUGAGGUCAAGGUUGAUUUAGUCAUAGAAAACGGGGGGUAAGGGAACUAAGGAUAGGGAACUAUGUUAUAUUUCUGGGAGAGUUUGAAUGUUUUGAUGUUAUUUAUUGUAUUAUGGGUAAUUCUUAUUUCAGCAAUUUCAUUACUAAGAUAUAUCUUGAAGACGGUUGGUAAAAUAUUUAACAAGAUGAUAAUGAUGACGAUAACAGUAGGAAGAAAUAUAAAGAAUAACAAGAAAAAAUAACUAUUAAUAAAAUUAAUCAACCAACCAUCAACUCGCACGAUAGAGUUCAAUAUCAUGCCCAUUAACACACGUCUUUAAACCUUACGGGAACUCAACAACAAACUAGACAGACUCGCUGAUUUACGCGAUGAGAAAUAGAGCGAACAUUUCCAAAAGAAGAAGACGAAAAAAAAGGAUGAAAUACACGAGAGAGAGAAAAAACAAAUUUCGAGUAUUAAUAGGGUCGAAUGAAUAUCAAAGACAACAGGUCAUUACGCGAUGUACAAAUGAUAACGUAUCUCAAGUUUUUGUUUCUGUACUUCAAUUAUUUAUUUUACAUCUACCUAUUCAUUUCGUCUAACUUAUCUUUCUUAUUUAUUCUACAUAUACAUACAUUCAUUUCUACUAUUUUUUUCUUAUUUUAUCUCUUAUAUAUAACUACAUAUAUAUAACUACAUAUUCAUUUUCAAUUUUUUUUUCUAUCAUAUACUUUGCAUCUACUCAUUCAUUUGUUUUAUAUCCUAUCAAUUCUUUUUAUAACUUUUAUAUCUUCCUCACAUACCUCAACUUGUUUUGCAUUAGCUUGAUAUCACAUUUAAUGUAUCAUUCAUUUAUUUAUGUUAUCAAUAGUUUACAGUACAUGUAUUGGUGCUGUUAUAUAGGGCUUGUGUUCAAAGAGAUGUAACCCCUUAUGUUCAUGUGCACAUUAGUAGGAGGAUUCACGAACAACAUGCUUUGUUUAUUUAUGGUAUGUGAAUGUAUAUUUUGAAAUAUUUAUUGUUUG